AUGCGAAGCUUGGCAGUCUUCGCACUAUUAACCGCAAGCAUAGUGCUCGGGCUUGAGGGCACUCGGUUCUCGGCAGCCACUCUUCUCGCAGAAUCUGAACUAUAUGUCCCAAGCGCCAGCGAUUGGGCCGAGAGAGCGGAGAAGGAAGGCCGGAGCCUCUGCAUCCUCGAGCCGGACGCCAAUGGCGGGGACGACGCGCCGGCGCUGCUGAGCGCGCUCAACGACAAGUGCCGCACCAAGAGCAUCAUCGUGUUGUCCGGUCCCGUCUAUAACAUCAAGUCGACCAUGGUGACUACCAGCCUAGACGAUGUUGUGAUCGAUCAGCGUGGAAGACUGCUCUGGAGCAAUGAUACGACGUACUGGCUAUCGGUGUCGAUGCCCGUGGACUUCCAGAACCAGAGCACUGUAUGGCACUUUGGAGGCGAUCGCGUGGUUUGGGAGGGCCACGGAGUCGGCACGCUCGACGGCAAUGGCCAGGUCUGGUACGAUCUCAACGCGGGUGGAUCCAACAUGCCUCACCGACCGAUGAAUAUCAAUUUUCGUUACUUCUCGAACUCGGUCGUCAAAGGCCUUCGGUUCGUGCAGAGCCAGAUGUGGACGAUGAACAUCAUGUACUCCAAGAACAUUGUCUUUGAGGACAUCUACGUGAACAGCACUUCGUCGUCAGAGAACAACUCUCUCAACACGGACGGCGCCGACACAAUGUACUCGGACAACAUCACCUUCCGCCGGUGGGUGGUCGUCAACGGCGACGACGCAAUCGCCGUCAAGGCCAACUCCAGCAAUAUCUACAUUUACGACAGCGAGUUCUUUGGGAGCACUGGCAUAGCCAUGGGAUCCAUUGGCCAGUUCAUGGGUCAGUUCGAGUAUAUCGAGAAGUUCUUGGCACGGAACGUGACUUUGCACGACACCCUGCGGGGCUGCUACUUCAAGACGUGGAGCGGGAUCCAGAUUGGGUAUCCGCCCAAUGGCGGCGGAGGCGGUACGGGAUACGCGCGUAACAUUGUGCUAGAGGAUAUUAAGCUCGACGGCACUCGCGGAGAACCACUUUUCAUCACUCAGUGCGAGUCUUUCUCUGGACACGCGGGCGAGUCGUGCGAUACGUCGACCUUUAAGAUCUCUGACGUCGUCUGGAAGGACUUUAGCGGCACCAUGGCGGACGACGUGGCCAGCUCGGGCUUCUUCCGGUGCAGUGCAGCUGCCGGUGGGUGCGACAACCUGACGGUAGAGAACUUUUCCGUAAGGCCCGUCGGCCAAGAUACCGUCUUGGAUAAAUGGCUCUGCCAAAACGUCCAAGGCGAUGAAGGGUUUGAUUGCCAGGAGAUUGAGGAGAGCUUCGAUGAGCUCUGA